AUGGGAAUGAACGUGGCCCUGCCUUCUAGUCAGAGAGCAGCAGCAGGAGGGGGCCGCUCCACAGUUGGUUAUUGGUGCGCAGAGUCUCGUAGUUUGGUCCUGUACAACAGAAGAGACACAAGGAUGAAGAUGAUCUGCAGCAUCCUGCUGCUCCUCAGUCUGACCUCCUGUGUCUCUGGAGCAUUUGUAUUGAAUGUGACACAGACCUCCUAUCAGGCAGAGGAGAACCAAGACAUCACACUGGAGUGGAUGUUCACAACCAGAACCAGCAGUUCCUCCAAAUCACUUUAUAUCUACUGUGAACUGUUUGCUGAUCUCAAGACCUCAGUCCUGUUUCAUCUCCAUGAAGGUGUUGAGCUCCCAGAGUCUCAGGAUGAACAGUUUACAGGACGAGUCCAGUGGGACAAAGACGUCCUCAGAGACGGACGAAUCAGACUUCACAUGUCCAGACUCAGGAUUAAUGACUCUGGUGUGUACCGGUGUGACGUGCACACAGGUUAUGGUAGUGGCUCUAGGAUAUGUCGCCUCAAAGUCACAGCAGCUGCUGAUGAGCCCAAACCUCUGACACCAACAAUGAGACCACAACCAGAGAGACCAACAAUGAGACCACAACCAGAGAGACCAACAAUGAGACUACAACCAGAGAGACCAACAAUGAGACCACAACCAGAGAGUCGGGGAAAGAUCGGCCUCUACGUUGGACUGAUAGCAGCUCUACUGGUUCUCUGUGCUGGACUCUGCUUUGCCGUUCUUCUUUCUUUUACUAAAUCUACUGGUAAUAGAGGAAACAUCUAUACAGGUGAACAGAUGAGUUUCUUAAAGAAACAACCCAUCACGACUAACCAAGCGGUAACCUCCAGUGCUGAGAUAAGGUCGUGUCUAGAAGCUAACCUCCAAGCUCCAAGAAAAAAAUGGCUGUCGCCAGCACCAGUGCGUCCCGUGCACAUGGCCCGCCUGGAAGUGGCCGCGUCCUAA